GACACUUUCUAUUCUACUUUUUAUUUGAAAGGAAAAGGAUAGAAAGUGUUCUGAAGUAUUUGAAAGGUUAACUGUACUUCAGCCUAGAGAUCCGAUAAUUUAAUGUCUAUGAUACGUAAAAAAAUGUCUACAAUAUUUAUUUUACAUUUUUAUUUAUUGCAUUUGACACAUAUUGAAUUUAUUUUGUACUUCAAUUCAAUUCAGGAAGCAAUCAUAAGACACUAAAGCAUCAUGCAGAUUUUCGUGAAGACGUUGACGGGGAAAACCAUAACCCUUGAAGUUGAGGCUUCGGACACGAUUGAAAACGUGAAGGCAAAAAUCCAAGACAAGGAAGGAAUCCCCCCAGAUCAGCAGCGAUUGAUCUUCGCUGGAAAACAGCUCGAGGACGGCCGCACGCUUUCCGAUUACAACAUCCAGAAGGAGUCGACUUUGCAUUUGGUUCUUCGGCUUCGUGGCGGUAUGCAGAUCUUCGUCAAGACUCUCACUGGCAAGACCAUCACUCUGGAGGUGGAAGCUUCGGACACAAUUGAAAACGUCAAAGCUAAAAUCCAGGACAAGGAAGGAAUCCCUCCAGAUCAGCAGCGAUUGAUCUUUGCCGGAAAACAGCUCGAGGACGGCCGCACACUUUCCGACUACAACAUUCAAAAAGAAUCCACUCUGCAUCUGGUUUUGAGACUUCGUGGUGGCAUGCAGAUCUUCGUCAAGACUCUGACUGGCAAAACCAUUACAUUGGAAGUCGAAGCGUCAGAUACGAUCGAAAAUGUCAAGGCAAAAAUCCAGGACAAGGAAGGAAUCCCUCCAGAUCAGCAGCGAUUGAUCUUUGCCGGAAAACAGCUCGAGGACGGCCGCACGCUUUCCGAUUACAACAUUCAGAAGGAAUCGACUUUGCAUUUGGUUCUUAGGUUGCGUGGUGGCAUGCAAAUUUUCGUGAAGACUCUUACUGGCAAAACCAUUACAUUGGAAGUCGAAGCGUCAGAUACGAUCGAAAAUGUCAAGGCAAAAAUCCAGGACAAGGAAGGAAUCCCUCCAGAUCAGCAGCGAUUGAUCUUUGCCGGAAAACAGCUCGAGGACGGCCGCACGCUUUCCGAUUACAACAUUCAGAAGGAAUCGACUUUGCAUUUGGUUCUUAGAUUGCGUGGUGGCAUGCAAAUUUUCGUGAAGACUCUUACUGGCAAAACAAUCACUUUGGAGGUCGAAGCAUCAGACACAAUUGAAAAUGUCAAAGCAAAAAUCCAAGAUAAGGAAGGAAUCCCACCGGACCAACAAAGGUUGAUCUUCGCUGGAAAACAACUUGAAGACGGCCGCACGCUCUCUGACUACAACAUUCAAAAGGAAUCAACCUUGCAUUUGGUUCUUAGGUUGCGUGGUGGCAUGCAAAUCUUCGUGAAAACUCUUACUGGCAAAACAAUCACAUUGGAAGUCGAAGCAUCAGACACCAUUGAAAAUGUCAAAGCAAAAAUUCAGGAUAAAGAAGGGAUCCCUCCUGAUCAGCAAAGACUGAUUUUCGCGGGCAAGCAGCUUGAAGACGGACGUACCUUGUCAGACUACAAUAUUCAAAAGGAAUCUACACUUCAUCUUGUACUUCGCCUUAGAGGUGGAAAUGUUUAAUUUCCUAUCUGUGAUCUUUCUUUCUGCUAAUCGUCAUGACAUGUCAUAACAUGGAUUUUAUUUAUACUUUGUUAUAUAAAUGUUAUUACAAUACAAAGCAAAUGUCGUGAUUAUUAAAUGAUAUAGAAAAAUUUAUUUGACGAAUAAAGAUUGAUUGUGCAAACUAA